GUCAGAUUCAAACUCGGACUCUGAUCAGGAGCAAGAAAACAUGAAAAAGAUGCUUAAAACUCUUAAAAAGGCUCGUGCUUAUGGGAAAUCCACAGACAUCCUGACUGCAGGCACAGAAACAUAUACAAAGAUACAGAGGCCGAGAGAUGAUGGAAUGUUCAUCUGUAUAUUUUGUGUUCGUUCCUGUACUUAAACAGACCGACCCUGAAAACAACGAUUACAGAAUUGAAAGUGGUGCAACGAGAAACUUUCAGGUGUUAGAGAACCCAAAAAGGGGCCUAAAAGAUGGAGAUGGAACUUCUAGAGAACCUGCAGGAGCAGAAGGAGCUGAAUCAGCGACAGGCUCGGGUGGAUUUGAGUCCAUUCUGCAGCAGUCCAGUGAGCUGCAGAAGAGACGGAAGGAACAGGAGCAGGAGGAGGAUGAGAGAGAACUUCAGUGUAAGAGUUGUGGCAAGCACAUCUACAAAGGAACAAAGCUAAAUGCUCAGAAAGAGACGGUGCAGAAUAAGCUGUAUCUGGGCGUGCCCAUCAUUAGUUUUUCAAUUAAAUGCACGAGAUGUUCGGCAGAGAUCACGUUUAAGACCGACCCUGAAAACACCGAAUAUUUAAUAGAGCAUGGUGCAACGAGAAACUGUCAGGUGUUAGAGAACAGAAAACGGGACUCAAAGAUGGAGAUGAAAGUCCUGGAGAACCUGCAGGAACAGAAGGAGCUGAAUCAGCGACAGGCUCGGGGGUCCAUGCUGCAGCAGUCCAGUGAGCUGCAGAAGAGACGGAAGAAACAGGAGCAGGAGGAGGAUGAGAGAGAACUGGAUCUCCUCCUUGUGGAACAACCCCACCUGCAGUGUGGUACUGCGCACCAGUUAUUUUACCCACCUGCAUCCUGGUGGUGGUUGAGCCCUUCUCGAAGGCCUGUCGGUUCAUCUCCCUGAAGGGCCUACCAACCACCCUUGAGACAGCGGAGGCCCUCUUCCAGCA